AUGUACUUAGGGCUUCUUCCUUAUUUAUUUAUGUACCCGGCCCAGACCAAAACGAUUCGUUUUGCCACUUUAUUAGUUGGCCACUCGGCUCCUUCACCUCCACCUCCACCUCCACCUCCACCACCACCACCAGCCCCACUAGAACGAACCCCUUUCUUUCGAGACCGUUGUCCGCUGACUCCUCACGCGCUCCGACCUUUCAUCAAACAUCUUCACCUCAGCGCCCUCUCUCUCUCUCUCUCUCUCUCUCUCUCUCUCUCUCUCCCUCCCCAGAAAUCCAUGUUGCAAAGGUCAAUUCUGCAGAUUGCAUCUUGUCGUGGACUUAGAAGAAGGAUUCCGAGGCCGAUUACAAGGGAAUUCUCUGCCGUAGCGUCCAGAACUUCUUCCCACCAUCCUGGUGGUGCACCCAAUCCGCCGCAGCCGGGAAAAGGCGGUUCCAGUGCCAAAAUUUUCCUCGGAAGCGCUGCUGUUGGUGCUGGGUUUGUGGCAGCUUACAAAACCGGGUAUCUAGACCCAAUUUUCGGUGCGAAAGAGAAGAGUGAUUCGGUUAAGGAUGCCGCCAUUGGUUUCGAGGAUCACAAACAUGUAGGAGAAGAAAAACAUGAUGAAGAAAGAACUGGCAUUGCUGAGGAGAAGGUGGAAACGCAGUCGGAUGUUCCCAAUGUGGAGGGUUUGAGUAGAAUUAAUGGCGAAAACCCGCAGUCUCAGGUGGCUGAUGGUAAUAAACCGGAGAGUGACAUAGCAAGUGAGAAAGGUUUGCCUGAGUAUUCCCAAAAUGCGAAUCUUGGGUCAUCAUCUGAAGGGAAUGUAGACGUGAAGAGUGUAGAGGAAGAAACAAGUGUGGAGAAAAAUGAGGUGAUACAAACACCGCGAGUGGUUUCCCAGACCAAUGCAGAUCAGCAAGAAAAUGAGGUGAAGACACCGCCACCACAACACAAUUUCACAGAAGACAAGGCAGAGGCGCUCGAUGUAAUCAAAGGGCUAAACGAUGCUUACGUAUCCAAAGGUGGAAAGUUAGUUCUUGACUUCUUACAAGCCAUUCAUACCGCAGAGAAAAGUCAAGCGGAGUUAGAUGCUCGUGUUUUUUCAGAAGAAAAGAGAAAGUUAAAGGAGAAGUAUGAAAAGGAACAAAAGGAUGCUGGGGCCAGGGAACUGAUGCUUGCAGAAGAGGCAGCAAUGCUAGACAAGGAAUUAAAGAGAGAAAGGGAAAAAGCAGCUGCUGCACUCAAGUCACUUCAAGAAAAACUUGAAGAGACAUAUAAGACAGAACUUGAGCACAAGGAAAGUGAUGCAGAGAUGAAGUUUAAAAAGGUUGAGGAAUUAGCAAAAGCAGGAUUGGCAGCAGCAAUUGCAAGAGAGAAGACAUCCCAAAUUGAGAAAAUGGCCGAAGCAAAUCUUCAUAUAAAUGCCUUGUGUGUGGCAUUCUAUGCAAGAUCUGAAGAAGCUCGUCAGACUCACUCUGCUCACAAGGUAUUGCGGGGAGCACUCGCACUAGAUGAUGCCUUCAAGGGAUUACCAAUCGAGAGAGAAAUAGAGGCUCAGCAAACUUAUCUUGAAGGUAUUGAUAAAGAUUCAAUUUUGGAUGUUGUCCUAUUCCUUCCUGAAGAAACUCGAAGAAAUGCCACAGAUACCUUAUUGCAAUUGAAUCAGAAGUUUGAUGCCUUGAAAGGGACAGUACGGCACCUCAGCUUAAUUCCUCUUGGUGGUGGUGGCAUUUUGGCGCAUUCCUUGGCACAUAUUGCAUCCUGGUUGAAGGUGAAGGAAGAUGACCACUCUGGGGACGGAAUUGAAUCCAUCAUCAACAAAGUGGAGUACUACCUUGCUGAAGGAAAGAUAGCCGAAGCAGCAGAGGCAUUUGAAGAAGGAGUGAAAGGCACCCAAGCAACGGAAGUAGUGGGUGAAUGGGUGAAGCGUGCUAGGAAUAGGGCUAUCACAGACCAAGCUCUCACACUCCUCCAAUCUUAUGCUACUUCUAUCAGCGUUACGCAAAGUCCAUUUCUUCACUACACAUACAGAGCCUACCAUAUUAAACUGGAGGGGCUAGCGCUUUGAGAGAUACGUAAAAUGUUUUUUGAUCUAGUGUUGUAGCUCUCGAUAAUUGUCUAAACAAACGAAUCAUCCAGUUCGAUGUGUUACGUGCAGAAAGAGUGAAAAUGUGAGUUCUUUUCAGGCAGGCUCACUGCCAUGGGAAGUAUCCGGAUCAUCCCUUUGAGUGGCAUUUUGUUUCAGUUGCUACAAAGUUUUGCAUAUAAUGGAAUGAUAUCAGUGCUUCAGGACACUAUUCAAACAGAA